AUAGUGCAUUGUGAUUUCUAGAUCAGUUAUCUCGGUAGUCGCCUUCAGUCGUUUAAUCUUCACGAACGUAGCCAAAGUCUGAAAAGCCUCCUGUUACGCUUUUGGAACAACUCCACAUAUCCGGCGCACCAGCUAGCAAGCGAAAUUUAGAGCCCCUAUUGCAUUGCAGGCGCCCUCUGGUCACUGUCGCAGUGAGUUUCCGUGUUUAUUGUAUACAACAACAUCUCUUGCAAUGGAUGUUCUGCAGUAAAGGAUGGCAUUUAUUAAAAGGAAAGAACGGUCUAAGGAAAGGUUUUCAUUGUUGUUGCUCGACUUAGAAGAAUAUUACUUCGAACAGCACACAGUGCACCAUGUGACAACUAUUUCCGACAAAAAAAGAAAGAUCAGAGGGUCACUCAAAAUAUGCUCCAAAUCCAUCAUUUUUGAACCAGAGGAACACGUGGAGCCAAUUUUAAAGAUUCCCCUCAGAGACUGCAAAAAGAUUGAGGUCAUUGAGGAAAAGGACCAAAAUCCUUUCAAUGAAAGCAAACCAGCUGGCCUCUCCAUUUUAUGCAAACAGGUUUACCUUAUCAAAGAGUGCAAUGUCGUUGCGCCUUACAGAGUUGAAAGGGGAGAUCGUACCUUUCUCUUCUACCUGGAAAUUUUGAGUAAAACGGAGGAUAUUGUCCAAACAUUGCUUCAGUUACACAGGGCAUCAUGUCUGGACAAGCUUGGAGACCAGACGGCCAUGAUUGCAGCUAAUUUACAAUCCAGAUUGGCUAGAACAUCGUUUGACAAAAACUGCUUCCAGAAUGUUGCAGAAAUACCACACAUGGAAUGUGAGGCAGAGAUGGUCACUCCAUUGGUUACAAACCCUGGGCACGUGUGCAUAACUGACCAAAGUCUCUACUUCCAACCACUCAAUGGCUACCCCGAACAAGUUGUCCGAAUAGAGCUUCAUCGAGUUAAACGAAUCUACAAGAGAAGACAUGGACUCAGGCCAUUGGGGCUUGAAGUGUUCUGCACGGAAAACGACUUCUGCUCCGAUAUCUAUCUGAAGUUUUAUCAGACCAGUGACAGAAAUGACCUCUACUAUUACAUCGCCACAUUUCUGGAGAACCACAUGGCAGAGCACACAGCGGAGAGCUACAUGCUCCAGUGGCAGCGUGGCCACCUCAGUAACUACCAGUACUUGAUGCACCUCAACAACUUGGCUGACCGCAGCGGCAAUGACCUGUCUCAGUACCCCGUCUUUCCCUGGAUCAUUGCAGACUACAGCAGCACGGAGCUGGAUAUGAUGAACCCUACAACAUUCCGUGACCUGAGCAAGCCAGUGGGUGCACUGAAUAAAGAGAGACUAGAGCGUUUAUUGUCCCGGUACAGAGAUAUGCCUGAACCUCGUUUCAUGUAUGGCAGUCAUUACUCCUCUCCAGGCUAUGUGCUUUUCUACCUAGUCAGAGUUGCUCCAGAACACAUGUUGUGUCUUCAAAAUGGCCGCUAUGAUAAUGCAGACCGCAUGUUCAAUAGCAUAGGGGAAACAUGGAAAAAUUGCUUAGAGGGUGCCACCGAUUUUAAAGAGUUGAUCCCAGACUUCUUUGGUAAUGACCCCAGUUUUCUGCUGAACCGCCAGAAUCUGGAUUUGGGAAAAAGGCAAGAUGGUAGCUCGGUUCAAGAUGUUGAUCUUCCACCAUGGGCUGCAGAUGCCAGUGAUUUUCUUCAGAAGAGUCAGAAAGCGCUGGAGAGUCAGUAUGUGUCAGAACACCUGCAUGAAUGGAUUGACCUGGUGUUUGGCUUCAAACAAAGAGGGAGUGAAGCAGUGGCAGCCCAAAAUGUGUUCCACCCACUGACAUAUGAGGGCGGCAUCGACUGCGAUAGUAUAGAGGACCCGGAUCAGAAGAUUGCCAUGCUGACUCAGAUCUUGGAGUUUGGGCAAACCCCAACACAACUGUUCACCACACCACACCCGCAGAGGAUAACACCCAGGUUCCAGAGCAUCUCACGAACACCAAGCGUAAACACACCCCUCAAUGAGCUCUCUCCAGUUUCCACAAGUGAGGACUCCUUUGAAGACUUAACCGAAGAGAGUAGGAGACUUGCUUGGAACAACAUAGCCAAACUCAAGUUGAUAUCCAGUCACAAAAUACAUAAAGAGGCUGUGACUGGCAUUGCAGUGACUCGGUCUGCCUCAUCAGUCUUCACGACAUCACAAGACUCCACACUGAAGAUGUUCUCCAGGGAGUCCAAUGGAUUGCAGAGAAGCAUGUCCUUCUCAAACAUGGCAUUAUCGUCCUGCUUGAUGCUACCAGAGGAUAAGGCUGUAGUGUGCUCCUCGUGGGACAAUAAUGUGUAUUUCUACUCUAUACCAUUUGGUAGGCGUCAGGACACACUGAUGGGCCAUGAUGAUGCCAUCAGUAAAAUGUGCUGGAGAGACAACCAGCUUUACACAGCAUCCUGGGAUUCCACAGUUAAGGUUUGGCAAUGUGACUCAGCUGAUAUCGCAAAUAAUAAGAGAUGCCAAUUCCAGUUGCUGGCUGAGUUUGAACAUGAAGCGGGGGUGAACACUAUUAGCCUAAACCCAGCAGGUACUUUGUUGGUAUCAGGGACUAAGGAUGGAACCGCCAGCAUAUGGGAUACCAGUAGCUUGGCACAACUUCAUCAAGUUCACUGUCACUCUGGAAAAAUCCACGAUGUAGCUUUUAGUCCUGACAGCAGACACAUAUUGAGUGUAGGAGAGGACUCAUGUCUGAAGGUUAUCGACGUCCAGACAGGCAUGAUGAUCUCAUCUGUGCAAGCCGAUGAGGAGCAACGGUGCUUCUGCUGGGAUGGGAACACUGUCCUGUCGGGUGGUCAGUCCGGACACCUCCAGGUCCUAGACUUGAUGAGCAACAAAGUGAUCACCAGGAUUCCUGGACAUUCAGGUGCCGUCACAGCCAUGUGGAUGAACGAACAGUGUAGUACAGUGAUCACAGGCGGCGAAGACAAGCAGGUCAUCUUCUGGAAGCUCGACUGUUGACCGGAGUGCUUGAUAGUCACUCCAAGAAGGAUACUUGAUCGGAGACAUCUGUAAAAUGUCUGGCUUUAACCAAAAAGGGUAUCGGCAGCGUUAGAGGUUACUACUUCACCCAGAGAUGGUAGAGGGAAGGUAAUGCACAAUGAUGUAUAGGAACCGAACCUGAAGACCAAUUACGUAUACCUCUACUUUUGUUUAUUCAUUAGGGCUAACAGUGUUACUUUGUUGCAGUAUGCCCUCCCAGCAUUUGUGUACUCUAGAGAUUGCGCUCAAUCCAAUAAAUGUGGAGUGCUUGAGCAAAAUUGAGGUAUGGACUAUAAUGCCAUCCUCAUAUUUAUAUGGUCAUAUGUACAUGGUUUAGGAUGGUUGGUAAAAUUACCAUUUUCCUGAAUGUGAGUUUAGCAAAGCAAUUGUCUAAUCUUAAAAAGCCAUUCCCAAUAAUAUUAGAAAAUAUAAAUAUCUCACUGGCUACAGUGAGAUUGGCAUAACGACACUCUUACAGCAUUACCAUGCAAAAUCAGUUGGUCAAUUAUUUUACCCUUAAGUUAGUCAAAGCAGGUUUCCUCAAAUUCUUUUUUUAAAAUAUAAUUUCCUUACAGUAAAGAAUGUUUAUAUUGUUUAAGCAUUCAUACAGCUAUUCAUAUAGCUAAAAUUAACUAUAUUCAGCAGUGUUUCAGAAAUGACUGCAUUUGAGAAUGACAUUUAAAUACAUUUACAAUUGCUAACAUAUUUGAACACCUGGAAAAGAUUGUACAAAAUAUUCCAUUAAUAUUCCAUUAAUUAAAAACACCAGUUGCUGCCUAGUUGUUACAAUACCUUCUCAUGAACUGACAUUUGAUCUACCGUCAUUCCGUGCUAAUGCAUUGAAAUUGGUCAAGUUUUGAUUUAGAUAAAAUAUGAGUCAGGGCUAGUCAACCCCAGAGGGUUUUCAUCCUCUUUUUUCCAAGUGACUGAUUCAGACCUAGGUCACCAAGUGAUUGCAAAUAACUAUUCUUUAAAAGUGUUUUAGCCUAGUAGUACCAUUUAUUAAACAGUGCUGACCUAACUGUUAAACAAAUGCUAAGGCAUAAUAACAAUCAAAAUAAGGUUUCUAAGCACAUUUUUCGUUUAAAUAGUUUACUGCAGAAAGACUACACUCAGGAACUCCCACCAUGCAACACUCAUGCAAAAUUGUUACAACCCCAUUUUAGCAAAAACAAAGUUUUGGCAUAGACUCUGUCCAUACUAUCAAUAUACCGCCCUGCUCACCCCUUUUAAUGGAGAAUGAUCAAUCUUGUUUUAUUACCUGAGAUUUUAUUUACAUUAUGUGGAGCUUAAACCUAUAUUGACAAUCAUGUUACAAAGGCAGUAAUAAAAGUAAUGAAGAAUGUAUUUGCAGUAUUGUAACAUCAUACAGCUAUGAAAAGUUUGCUAUUUGUGUACAAUUACAAAUAAUUAUACUCUGUGUAUGUACUGUAUGAAUGUUUGCAUGUAUCUAUGUCUUUCUGUUUGAUAUUUCUUUUGAGGGACAAACCUCAAAUAAAUUGUGGUUUAACCUCACCUUGUCCUACAAAUGUUGCUUCAGAUUGUACAGUUGUCUCCACUGUGGUCCUUGCAAUUGUGUAAUACUAAAAACAGCUGUAACAGUUAUAUAACCGAGCUGUCAGCAGCAUUUGGUCUAUGAGUUUUAGUUAAAACAGUGUGGUGUUUACCUAAUGACAGGCAAAUGUAUUUGCAUGAAGUUGCUGAGAACUAUGCUGUAUAUGGAAUUGAAGAGCAAUUUAGUCCACUCUCCUUCAUGUAUUAGGGCUAAUACACCCUUCCAGCCUUUGAGUACUGUACAGAUCUUGCUCAAUAAAGUAUUGCACAUCUGUAAAUAAACGUGUUUUCAGUUGU